AUGGAACGCUGGCCGUGCCGGGGCGCCCCGUGUGUUGCAGGGAAGUGCCGAGGGCUCCGCACCGCGCGCAAGCUGCGCAGCCACCGCCGCGACCAGAAGUGGCACGACAAGCAGUACAAGAAGGCGCACCUGGGCACCGCGCUGAAGGCCAACCCCUUCGGCGGCGCUUCGCACGCCAAGGGCAUCGUCCUGGAGAAAGUUGGUGUGGAAGCUAAGCAACCCAAUUCUGCUAUCAGGAAAUGUGUUAGAGUCCAGCUGAUCAAGAAUGGCAAAAAAAUAACAGCCUUUGUUCCGAACGAUGGUUGCUUGAACUUCAUUGAGGAAAACGAUGAAGUUCUGGUUGCUGGUUUUGGUCGUAAGGGUCAUGCUGUUGGUGAUAUUCCUGGAGUUCGCUUCAAGGUUGUCAAAGUAGCCAAUGUCUCUCUAUUAGCCUUGUACAAAGGCAAGAAAGAAAGACCAAGAUCAUAAAAUUCCUUUUGUGCCAGCUACAGUACUAAUAAACAUUUUGAUAAAUA